AUGAGACGCUUCUACUGCGGUCCCGAAUAUGGGAUUAGCACAGAUGCACUAUCCUACACCGAAGUAACAUGUCACUAUGUCCCGGGAGACCGUGUCGCCAGUCCAACCAAGUUAUCCUCGUUUGAUGCACAGAUAUCCCCCAACCCACCGAGUUUAAUUCUGCGCUUUCAGCAUAUCAUGUCUAUGAGAAGCAUAGCAUCAACCGUCCACGAUGAAGACUAUGACGAUGUGGACCAAGCGUAUUUUGCGCUCUUCCAAAUUUGCAAACACACAUUAGAAACAUUUUGGAUGCAGUGCAUCACUCGGAAUAGUUACCGGUCCAAGUGUUCGAGGUGCGAAUAUUGCAACAUCGACUACGAUGUUCAAAUCUUUGAAAAUAGACCAGAUGAUCAUGUCACUGCAGUUGUCACGAGUUGGAUCAACCUGGGAUCUGGUCUCAGCUCAGAUGAUCCCCGAUGGAAAUUUCACACGUUUGAUUGUGUAUGGGGGAAGGAGGAGGAAGAGGAGGAGGAGGAGGCUUUUCGCAAGGACUCGAGUCCUCGAUUUGCGUUUGAAACCAUUACUGAUAUCCCGCUUCGGGAUUUGACUUCUCGCAAUCUCUCCUACCUCAAGGACAAGAGAUAUCAAAGUGUGAUGGCGCCAAUCCAUGGGAGUGUGCCUGCUUUCUGGGCUCUGUGGAAUGGGGCAGCUAUGCCUUCAUCUUUGGUGGCAUAUUGA